UCAUGACAGAGCAGGAGAGGAAAGUUGUGCCAAAGCAUACAGUUCAAACACGUGUCGUGUUUCUGAAAUUAAGCGACAUCGACACAGUCAAAGAACAAUUUGCUGCAGAAGUUUUCAUUGAAAGUAGAUGGCGGGAAAAAUCUCUAGACCAUGGAAAGGAAAAUGACAACAUGGAUUUUUCAAAAUACUGGAAUCCCAAACUUCUUGUUCAGAACGUCAUCUCGGCAUCGAAAGACAAUGUUUGGAAAAAGUUGGAAUUUGGAAAAAAUGGCGAGGCUUUUAUUGUAGAAAAAAGAAGAAUUAAAGGAAUAUUUACAGAAAAUUUGGAACUUCAAGAUUUUCCAUUUGAUCUACAGGACCUGAGCAUUGUGGUGACGUCUGAACUCUCGGAGGAGGAGCUAGAAAUUAUAGAGGAUGCCGAACACUUGAGUUCCAUCAUAGUUUCCUGUUUUGUGGACGAACAGGAAUGGGAGUUAAGGGAAUAUGUAGAAUCAGAAAUAAGAAAGGUGUCUAAAGAGUUCACGGGAUCAAAAAACGUGGUCUACCCGUUCCUCGUGUUUAAAGCUCUAGCUAUGAGACGAGCUGGAUUCUUCGUCUGGAAUAUCAUAUUGAUAAUGACCAUCAUCAGUUCUUUGUCCUUCGCCACGUUUGCUGUUGAUAGAGAUUUGCCACAGAACCGACUUCAACUGGCCUUUACCUUGACCCUCACAGGAGUCACGUUCAGAUUCGUAACCAACCAACAACUUCCUAAGAUUUCCUACUUAACAAGACUGGACAAGUACAUUUUAUACUGUAUGAUUUUUAACUACCUAAUCACGGCCUGGCACGCCAUUGUAACUCUAAUUCCGGACAGAGGUACCCAAGCCGACUGUGAUCUUUACUUCUUCAUUGGUUUCGCGGUCUUCUACGCUCUGUUCCAUAUCUUAUUUUAUGCCAUAUCAUUGAAAACGAGGACAGUUUACAUGCGAGUGGUGUUCAUUCGACUGGACAAUGUGGAUACUUUGAAGGAACAGUUUGACGGUGACGUUUAUUUCCGGGCCAGAUGGCGGGAACCCAAACUAGAUAACCUUAAGGAAAAGCAGUCAGUUGAGUAUAAGACUCUCUGGAAUCCUGGCAUUUCCAUCAGAAACAAAGUCUCAGAAAAAUAUUCCAAAACCUGGUAUGAGACACUGGUGGUAAAUGGAGAAGCUUAUAUAGUGCAGAAAUCAAGACAGAAGGGGACAUUUACAGAGAAGUUAGAGCUCUACGACUUCCCAUUUGAUUCACAAAAUUUGAACAUAUGCUUCACAUCCUCGCUGCCCACCUCUGAGAUAGAACUGGUCGAGGACCGAGAUAAACCGAGUGAAAUAGGCGUCUCCUGCUACAUACACGCCCAGGAAUGGGACCUCGAACCCUAUAUUGAGUCAGAGGUCACAACUGCGGUCAACGAAGAAACUCACAACCCAAUCCUCCAAAUCCGAGGUUUGGCCAGCAGAAAAUAUUCCUUCUUCCUGUGGAAUAUUAUAAUCAUAAUGACUUUGAUUGGGUCCUUACCAAUAACCACAUUUGCCAUUGACCGGAAUAAUCCACAACGUCGUCUUUUGCUAGGUUUUAUUUUAGCCUUAACUGGAGUCGCCUUUCGAUUUAUGGCCAACCAAAGCAUUCCAAAAAUACCUUACCAAACUCUACUAGAUAGAUAUUUGUUAAUAAGUAUGUUGUUUAACUACGUUGUGAGUAUUUGGCACAUCGUCGUUUCGCGUUUUGACGAUGACCGAGAUACACAGGGCACUAUGGACCUCUGGGCCUUCGUCGCUACAGUCAUCGUUUACAUCGCAUAUCAACUCACAUUUAUGGUUAUCGUGGCCAUCAAGAUUUUACUAAAAAAGAGAAAAAUUGAUGAAAAAGUACAGAUUUAUCAGAAAAGUUUACAUGAUGCAAAUUCGUCAGAACAAGUAAAAAAUCCUAAUAAGUUAAAUAAACUACAGAAAAGACAGACUGUGGCCAGAUUUUCACAUCUUAUACUUAAAUCAUCACAAGAAGAGAAGGAAAAGACAGAGUGAUUGAAAAGCUACACAACCAAGAGCUUAUUUUGAUUCGUUAUUUAAGAAUAUGACAGGAUUUUAUGUGCUUAGUGUUUGAUAUAAACUAUAUAAUUAUUCAAUGUUUAUUUUCUUGU